CGCUCGGAGUCAGGGCGCCGGGCUCCCCCGCCUGAUGUCACCGCCGUGCAGUCAGCCCAGAGGCGGCUGGUUGCGAGCAGACCCUCCUCGGCGCUGGCUGCGCUGGGCGCCGCUGCCCGCACACCCGCCGCCGGCCGGGCCGAGCCGAGCCGGGCGCCCCCCUGCCCGCCGCCCCUCCCGCGCCGCUCCCCGCCUGGCCGGCCCGGCGCGCCUGACGUGGACCAUUAAACUUGGAGCUGCCGCCUCGGCCCCUCUCUCCUCCGCCUCCCUCUGACAGCCGGGCGAGCGGCGGCUAGGUGCAGGCAGGAGACGCGCCGCCGGGGCUGGGCUGCCCGGGGGGGAGAUGAGUCCUCGCCGGGAGGGCGCCUCUGGGAAGAAGACCGCGGGCGAAGCAAAGUUGCAGGGCAGCUGAGGAGCUCGGCCACAGCCCUUCCAGCCCCGCUCACCCCAGGCUAUGGAGGGCCGACUCUAAAAUGAAUCCCGAUCUGGACACCGGCCACAACACAUCAGCACCUGCCCACUGGGGAGAGUUGAAAAAUGCCAACUUCACUGGCCCCAACCAGACCUCGAGCAACUCCACACUGCCCCAGCUGGACAUCACCAGGGCCAUCUCCGUGGGCCUGGUGCUGGGCGCCUUCAUCCUCUUUGCCAUCGUGGGCAACAUCGUGGUCAUCCUGUCGGUGGCCUGCAACCGUCACCUGCGGACACCCACCAACUACUUCAUCGUCAACCUGGCCAUUGCCGACCUGCUGCUGAGUUUCACCGUGCUGCCCUUCUCGGCCGCCCUGGAAGUGCUCGGCUACUGGGUGCUGGGACGGGUCUUCUGUGACAUCUGGGCCGCCGUGGACGUCCUGUGCUGCACGGCCUCCAUUCUGAGCCUGUGCGCCAUCUCUAUAGAUCGCUACAUUGGGGUGCGCUACUCUCUGCAGUACCCCACGCUGGUCACCCGGAGGAAGGCCAUCUUGGCGCUCCUCAGCGUCUGGGUCUUGUCCACAGUCAUCUCCAUCGGGCCUCUCCUUGGGUGGAAGGAGCCCGCGCCCAAUGAUGACAAAGAAUGUGGGGUCACUGAAGAACCUUUCUACGCCCUCUUCUCCUCCCUGGGCUCCUUCUACAUCCCUCUGGCGGUCAUUCUGGUCAUGUACUGCCGCGUGUACAUCGUUGCCAAGAGGACCACCAAGAACCUGGAGGCUGGAGUCAUGAAGGAGAUGUCCAACUCCAAGGAGCUGACCCUGAGGAUCCACUCCAAGAACUUUCAUGAGGACACCCUCAGCAGUACCAAGGCCAAGGGCCACAACCCCAGGAGUUCCAUAGCUGUCAAACUUUUUAAGUUCUCCAGGGAAAAGAAAGCAGCCAAGACCUUGGGCAUUGUGGUCGGUAUGUUCAUCUUGUGCUGGCUACCCUUCUUCAUCGCUCUGCCGCUUGGCUCCCUGUUCUCCACCCUGAAGCCCCCCGACGCCGUGUUCAAGGUGGUGUUCUGGCUGGGCUACUUCAACAGCUGCCUCAAUCCCAUCAUCUACCCGUGCUCCAGCAAGGAGUUCAAGCGCGCCUUCGUGCGCAUCCUCGGGUGCCAGUGCCGCGGCCGCCGCCGCCGCCGCCGCCGCCGUCGCCUGGGCGGCUGCGCCUACACCUACCGGCCGUGGACGCGCGGCGGCUCGCUGGAGCGCUCGCAGUCGCGCAAGGACUCGCUGGACGACAGCGGCAGCUGCCUGAGCGGCAGCCAGCGGACCCUGCCCUCGGCCUCGCCGAGCCCCGGCUACCUGGGCCGCGGCGCGCCGCCGCCCGUCGAGCUGUGCGCCUUCCCCGAGUGGAAGGCGCCCGGCGCGCUCCUGAGCCUGCCGGCGCCCGAGCCCCCCGGCCGCCGCGGCCGCCACGAUUCGGGCCCGCUCUUCACCUUCAAGCUCCUGUCGGAGCCCGAGAGCCCCGGGACCGACGGCGGCGCCAGCAACGGCGGCUGCGAGGCGGCGACCGACGUGGCUAACGGGCAGCCGGGCUUCAAAACCAACAUGCCCCUGGCGCCCGGGCAGUUCUAGAGCCCCCGGGGGGGUUGGUGGGGAGGAAACCAUCGUGGGGGGAGGGCGGGCGGAGGGGGGGAGGGGCGUCGGCGCCCGGAGGCGCGGGCCCCGGGGAGAACCGGGGGGAGGGGGGCGGGGAGAGGGGCAGCUGCUUUUCUGGCAGGGGCAUGGGUGCCAGGUACAGCGCGGAGAGCUGGGCCGAGCAUGCUGAGAGCCUGGGGGACCCGACGCCGGCCGGGAUUUCCGUCUCUCUCUCUGUAUAUAUCCAAACGAGUCCCUCUGUACAUGUAUUUAACCGUGGGUACACGUGCGUGUGUCUGUGCGGUGUCCGUGUGGUCUGCAUGUGUGCGUGCGUGGAGCCGCCCGUCUGCGGGGGCAGAGCGAGUGUGCGCCCGGGAGGCAGCGGGGGCGUCGUUUGUCUCCGUGACUUCGUACCUCUCAAGCCCCUCCUUGUACUUCACAGAAUGAUGGCACUUGGGCGGGGUUGCAAACAAAUCGGACAUUAAAGAUCAUUUCUCCUGUG